AUGCAAGAUGGUCAGCUAAGAAGGGGACUCAAGACUGAACUGGAAUUAAGAUUUCAAGUCCAUAAGUCAACAAUUACAAGAGUAUUUGAUGAUCUAAAGAAGCAAAUGUCAGAGGGAAAUGUGAUUGAUGUCAAAAACAAGAAGUGGGGAUAUGUGGACGAAAACCAGUGGAAUAUUCAGAUGAAUUUCUCCAAUCAGUGCCUCUUUGGGGACCCAACAUUUGUUAACAUGCAAGAGACAAUUCAUAUUAAUGAAAAGUGGUUCUGGUUGAACCCAAAAACAAGGAGGUUUUACUUGCUGUCAAAAGAGGAAAACCCAUACAUGUGCCAACAGUCCAUAAGGUUCAAAAUCAAAGCCAUGUUUAUGGCAGUGGUUGGUAAACCUCUGUAUGAUGCUAACAAAAACUUGCUACAUGAUGGAAAAUAUGGUAUUUUCCCUUUUGUAUUCAAAAAGAGAGCAUUAAAGUUAAGUAAGAACAGAGUUGCAGGGACAAUGGAGACUAAGGCAAUAGAGAGUGUCACCAAGGAAGUGACAAGGAAAAUGUUGAUGGAACAAGUUAUACCAGCAAUCAAAAGCAAGUGGCAUCCAAGCUUACCUAAAAAUGUGUUUAUACAAUGGGAUAAUGCAAGACAACACCAAAUCUCAACAGAUGCAGAGUUUCAAGAAGGAUGCACAUCAUAUGGUUUCAACAUACAGAUGGUUUUCCAGCCAGCCCAGUUCCCUGAUCUUAAUGUGCUUGAUCUAGGGCUGUUUACCUCAAUCCAAUCCAUCCAAUAUCAAUCUUUUACAGAAAAUUUGGAUCAUUUGGUUGAGAAGGUAAAUGAGGCUUAUGCUGUUUUUGAUCCUAAAGUCAAUAGGAAUACAUGGAUCACAUUGCAAAAAUGUAUGACUGAGAUAAUGAUUAAGAAUGGAGGCAAUAACUACCCACCACCACAUAUGGGCAAAAACAGGUUAGAGAACCAAGGAAUUAUGCCAGAACAGAUAGAGGUCAGCAGGGACAUCAUUCAUCAAGCGGUGGAACAUCUCAACACUUUGUUUAGGCAAGUCAACCAAGCAGAUGAUGAAGACACACAAAUGCAGAUAGAUGCAGAUUAG